UACAGAUACUGAUCACCGUGGCCAGGUAGCAUUGAGGGGAGGGAAUCUCAAUAUCUCCAUGAUUCGUUGGACGAAUUUACCUGUGAUGUUGAAUAUAGAAUAUUCCACAGUAGACUACAUAUAAGUAAAGACCGCUGGAAUGUGAUACAAAGACGUUCUCAACGAACGACAGGCCAAGAUCCAGCUUAUAUGGGAUGUAACGGCAAAUGAAUAGUCCAGGAUGGGCUGCCUAAAUAGAUGCUUCGAGGCUGUGUCUGGCUUCUUCCAGAGGAUUUUCAGAAAGAUCGGUGUUUUCAUUGGCACCUACCCAGUUGUACUGGUAGUUGCCUCACUUUCAGUAACCCUUUGUCUCAGCUGUGGUAUGAUAACAUUGUCCAACGAGACUGACACAGAGACACUGUACACGCCCAUUAACAGCAGAGCAUCGCAAGACAGAGUUCAGUACCAGGCCACGUUCCCAGACGCAACAGGGAGCAACUACCGAGGGCAUGCACUGUCAGAUCUCGGCAUGUAUGGCCGACUUGUAGUGAGCAGCUCGACAGAUGUAAAUGUACUGUCCAAUGCACCCUUGCAAGAAAUAAGGAAUCAUAUAAGCACAAUAAAAGAUAUCAGUAUUACAUAUGAUGGGGUGGUGAUCAAGUAUGAUGAUAUCUGUGCUCGACAAAACGGGAGUUGUUUUGUUUCAGGAGAGUUCCUCACAACAGAUGCUGUAUAUAAUGCUUAUCUGGCUGGUGGAAUCACCUACCCAAACUGGAAUAACAUAGACUUAUCAGCAAUUUUGGGACAGGUUGAUUCGACAGGUGGAAUAGUGCUAUCAGCAAAGUACCUGAGUGUCACGUUUAAUUUACGAAUGGACUCAACGGUUAACAAAGCAAAAGCAAGAGCGUGGGAAGAAGCGUUCCUGAAGAGAGCAGCAAGUUUAAACACAACAUCUACAAGGAUAAACUAUGCUGCCUCCCAUUCAUUAGACACAGAGUUGAACAAAAACACAAACGGAGACAUCUUGUUCUUCUCCAUAACCUUCACGUUGAUGAUCACGUAUGCCACUGUCGUCGCCGGAGGUGAUGUGGUGUCAUCGAGGACGUGGGCAUCAUGGGCUGGCGUUAUGGCAGCUGGAUUUGGCAUCAUGUCAUCGUUUGGACUUGUCAGCCUUUGUGGUGUAAAGUUUGUCAAUAUCGUCGGUGUAACACCAUUUCUGAUCAUAGGUAUCGGUGUGGACGACAUGUUCCUGUUGAUGUCCAGCUGGGCGGAGACCUACCCUCACCAAGACAAGUCCGUCGCCAGUAGGAUGGGAAUGACCUUUGCCUCAGCGGGUAUCGGUAUCACCAUCACGUCCCUCACUGAUCUCCUGGCCUUCUUAACUGGCGUGUCUUCUGUGUUUCUCAGUGUGAGGAACUUCUGUGUAUACACAGGAGUGGCUGUCAUCUUCUGCUACCUGUACCAGUGCCUCCUCUUCUCCCCCUGCCUUGCCCUCCAUGGCCGUCGGGUUAACAGUAACAGACACUGCAUGACCUGCCUCAAAACUAAAUCCAGAGACGAACUCAGGAAAGAUGGCGCCUCGACCUGCAGAGUGUACUGCUGUGGAGGCUCACCACCAACAGAGAGGGGUCAGGAUGAACGAUUCUUUGAGACACUGCCACGGAAGUACCUGCCACGAAUGUUACUGAGUGUGUGGGGGAAGGUAAUUGUGAUUGUGCUAUUCUUGGCCUACCUCGGAGUGUCAAUAUGGGGAACAUUGAACUUCAAACAAGGUUUGAUUCUGAAGAACCUGGUCUCCACAGAUUCAUACUAUUAUUCCUAUAGUGAGAUAUAUGAUGCAUACUUCUCAAGCUCUUUCCCUGUCCCGUUUGUAUUUGGCCCAACCACAAAUUACACAGACAAGAAUACUGUAGAUAAUAUCGAGUCUCUGAUCAAUAGUGCAAAAACAGACUCUGGAGUAGAUGAGAAUUCGUUGAUUUGCUGGUUCGAUUCUUAUAAAGCAACAGCUGUUUAUGAUAACAGCAGCACCACAGCCUUUGUAUCGGGAUUGAAAACAUUUUUUACUACAACCACAGUAUUUGAUAACGAUGUGGUAUUUGACUCAACUGAUACUGAUAUCGAAGCUUCCCGAUGUUAUCUUUUAUCAACAAAUAUUAAAGAAUCCAACGCUCAAGCCGAUGUUAUGGUUCGAAUGCGAGCUCUGGCAGACAACUCACCUCUCUCUGUCUACACCUUCCACCCAGCCUAUAUCUUCUUUGAGCAGUAUGUUGCCAUCCUACCCAAUACACUACAAACUGUGGGCGUGGCACUGGUCGUCAUGACUGUGGUCACCUGCAUCUUCCUUCCUCAUCCUCUUCUGGUUUUCCUUGUCGUCCUGAACAUCGUUUCUAUCCUCGUUGGCAUCUUCGGGUUCCUUUACAUCUGGGGACUGAGUCUCAGCUCAGUGACAAUGAUCCAUCUCAUCAUGUCUGUCGGCUUCUCGGUGGACUUCAGCGUGCACGUGUGCUCUGCCUAUAUGAUUGGAAAGGGAAGAAACAGGAGAGAGAAAACCGAAUCUGCCAUUGUCCAUGCAGCUGGUCCCAUAUUAAACGGUGGACUGUCAUCCUUUCUGGGCAUUCUUGUGCUGGUGUUCUCAAAGUCCUACAUCUUCAACUCCUUCUUCAAGAUCAUGUUCACAGUGAUCCUGUUCGGCAUGCUGCAUGCUGUGUUCCUCCUCCCUGUUGUAUUGUCCAUCCUUGGCCCUGUAACCAAAACUUUCGUAAGUCCUGCAAGCUCACGUCCACCGUCACCUCCCCCAGAUUACCCUCGUUGAUAUUCGAGUUCCUAACCUUGACUCAAGAUAUCAUCGUUGUGUCAUCUGGGCCAUAUUCCGAUCUAACAGGCAUGUAACCAACUCUUUCAUAAGUCCUGCAAGCUCGCCUCCUAGUACGAAAUCAGGUUAUAUAAGAACAAGAUACGACACAAUAGAAUUGGACAGCUAUGUAAUGCAAUGGGUAAUGCUAAGAAAUUUUGGAAAGAGGUUCGAUCCAUUAACAUGAAAAACAUCCCUGCUGGUAGCAUUUCAAAAGCUGAAUGGGCAAUUCAUUUUAAAGAAGUAUUUUCAACAAAUGACGUAUUUGAUCAUACGCUUUUUGAUGACAUAUUUGAUCCUAUAAAUGAAGAUGAUUUCUUUUCUGAAAUAGAUCGGGAAAUCCUUGAAUCUGAUAUUCAACGUCAUGAGGUACUGACAGCAAUUCAGUCACUUAAAAAAACGUAAAUCCCCGGGACUGGAUAAUAUUCUUGCUGAAAUGCUGCAAUCAUCAAGGGAGAUAAUUUUGCCCUAUCUUACAGAAUUGUUUAAUAUGAUUUUUCGUUCAGGCGUAUUUCCAAGUUCGUGGUCGAAGGGCAUUGUUAUACCUAUUCAUAAGAAAGGAGAUGCUAGCAAUGCAGAUAAUUAUAGAGGUACAACAUUAAACAGUAUUUUGGGGAAAGUAUUUUCGAGUAUAUUAAACAACAGACUAACGUUAUGGGCCAAUAUGAGGGAUAGAAUUCCAGAAUAUCAGGCCGGGUUUAGAAAACACUAUUCGACUCCAGAUCAUAUUUUUACAUUAAAUGCAAUUAUAGGAAAAUAUUUGAUGAAACGUGGGAGAAAACUGUAUGUAGCUUUUGUUGAUUUCCGGAAGGCUUUUGAUUCUGUAAAUCGUCAUAAACUGUGGGUGUGCCUUAGGAGAGCUGGAUUACGGGGCAAAAUGUACCUGAUUCUUAAAAGUAUGUACUCUAAUGUCAGGGCGUGUGUGCGUUGUAAAGGUGAUUUCACUGACUUUUUUGAUUGUCCGCUUGGCUUGAAACAAGGAUGCGUAUUAAGUCCCAUUCUAUUUUCAUUCUUUAUUAACGAAUUGUGUAUAGAAAUAUUGAAUAGUGGCAAACACGGGGUCCAAUUAUGUCCGGAUAUUUUAGAAUUGUUCUUAUUAUUGUUUGCUGAUGAUGUUAUUCUUAUAUCACACUCAGUCUCGGGUCUUCAGAACCAAUUAAACAUUUUGACUGAUUACACUGAUGAUUGGAAGUUAACUGUAAACUUAGAAAAGACAAACAUAGUCGUUUUUAGAAGAGGUGGCCCAUUAGCUUCAGUCGAAAAAUGGUUAUAUAAGGGUUCGAGAGUUAAAGUUGUUAGCAAGUAUAAAUACCUAGGUGUUCUAUUUUCUAACACUUUAAGUAUGGGUAAUCUUGUAAAGGAUUUAUCUGUAAGGGGUAAAAAAGCCAUGGUCAUGUUAUUGUCAACUUUAUCUAAACUCCAGCCUUUAUCCCCAAGUAUAUUCUUUAAAUUGUUUGACACACAGAUACAACCAAUACUUUUGUAUGGCUCUGAAUUAUGGGGUUUUAAACAUUUUAAUACAAUCGAAAAAAGGACAUCUUCUUGCUUGUAAAAUUUUUUUAAUGACUGGAGUCAACUCCCCUAAUAAUAUUGUUUACGGAGAGUGCGGUAGAUAUCCUCUGUACGUUAAUUCAUAUAUUCGUUGUAUCAGAUAUUGGCUAAAAAUACUUACUAUGCACAAACAGCGACUGCUAAGGAAAGCUUACAAUAUGUUAUACAACUAUGAUAAUCUGGGUUACACAACUUGGGCAUCAAAUAUUCGGGUACUUUUGUUCUCAUAUGGCUUUGGCUAUGCUUGGAUUUAUCAAGGAGUUGGUAACACCUGUAUGUUUGUAAAUAUGUUCAAAGAAAGAAUUGUAAAUACCUUUUAUCAAACAUGGAUGUCUAAUUUAAAUGCAAGUAGCAGAUAAGAUGUGUAUAGAUCAUUCAAAUCCUUACUGGAGCCUGAAAAAUAUUUAAGUGUUCUUUGUAAUUUAAAUCUUCGUUCAACAUUCACGCGUUUUCGUAUGGGACUGAGUGAUUUUAGAGUAAAUACCGGAAGAAGACUAAAUACGUUAAAAUCUAUGCGUUUGUGACCAUUAUGUGAUAUGGGUGUUGAGGACGAAUUUCAUGUACUUUUUAUCUGUGAGUUUUACCAAGAUAUCCGAAAACGUUUUGUACCCGCUAAAUACCUUAAACAGCAAUGUACCACAUCCCUUAUAUCACUUAUGUCUAAUCAAUCUUCUGGUGUAAUCUACAGUUUAGCUCAAUUUCUCCAUCAAGCACUCAAUAUUCGGCAAGAACUUGUAAAUACAAAUGUCUCCUAGAACGCACUUAUAUGUUGAAAGUAUGCAUACAUUGUGUGUAUUUGUAUAUAGGCCGGAGGCCUUUCAUACAAUAAACUUCUUGUCUUGUCUUGUCUAGACGACAUAUAACAAAGACCACUGGUAAUACGCAACAUUAUUACAUGUGUUCGUUUCAGAAUUGAGAAUUUUACAAAAUUAAACACAUACACAAAAAUAAAAGACAUACACCUAAAUAUGUCCUCCCUCUGAACACACAGAUACCUAAACUAGAAUAUUUCUGUCAAAUCCAAUGAGAUGUAAAUCCACAAUACUAGUAUUUGAGAAAGAAAUAACAUGUAUGUAUUAACCUCAGCAAUACAGAGAAAGAGUACAUACUCUCUGUUCUGAAAUAUGUUACUGUUGGUGUGCUGUGGUUUGCAAAUAAUAUGACAUUUAUACCAAUUGGGUUUCUACUGUCCCAAUAUUCAUUCAGAUAGUAUGGUCAUCUACUUAUGUGUGUUUAACUGUCUUAGUGUGCACAUGUUAUUUAUCUAUGUUGAUUUCGUAGUACAUCUGUCCAUGUACAUAAACCAUAUAAUUAUCCUGAAAUAGGUUCACAGUUUGGUAACAUGUGUAACAGGAAGAAGGUUUUUUGUUCAUCUACCAGAGAUGGACAUUGUAAAAAAGUACCUGCCAAACUGUCAUACACUACCACCAAUUAUUGAUCUGGUGUCUGUAUAACUACAACACUAGAACCAUUGAUCAUUGAUUAUUUAAUGCUAUGUGGAUGACUUUCUUUGUGAUGUAUUGCCUUCCCUACUGUGAUAUAUGAAUAAACCAGUCUCUUAUCUUU